GCACUCGCCCUCGGCCUAGCUUGCGCCUCAUCAUCAACUCAACACUCCCUAGUCACUUUCUGUGCAAUUUGGUUAUGUUCAAAUUCCUUAAUUUUAAUGUUCUGGCCAGCCAUAGCUUUACUCCCUUCAUUAUCCAUUCUUUUAUUGCUAUAUUCCUUCUUUCCUUUUCAACUUUUAAUUACUUUUACAAUUUGUUUGGCCAUUUCUUUUUUACAAUUGAGUAGUGUUGUCCUAUUUGCAAUUCGUGAGGAUGAAAGGAAUGAAGGAAUUGGAUUGACAAAAUCUGUUGCUUUGUUGUUAGCUCAUUUAUGGGCACAUAUUGUUGGACUUUAUUCGUUUUCUACUAGUUUGUUGCCUUUUGUUUUUUUAAAUGCUAGGCUUGCUUUAGACAAUGAAUCUGAAUUACAAAAUGAAGUUGGACGAAUGGCCCAAAUUUUGUCUGGUUCAUUACCUCCACAUAUUGUUCGCUCAGUCCAAAGCCAGCUAGGAGUAUCCGAAGUUCCACGCGUUUUUGUUGAACAUUUUGAUCAGUGCAGUGUUGUUUAUGCUCAUCUUUAUGGACUACCUAAUUUAUUGCUUCAAUUACAACCCCCAGAUUCUGCCAAACUUUUAAAUGAAUUUGAUUGGAGAGUCUCAAAAUUGGCAGAGGAGAGUGGUCUUUUACUUGUUCCAGCUACAAGUUCAGAAAUUGUAGUGGCGCUAGUUGGGCUUCCUUUGGCCAUAACUGACUCAGAAAAUGCCCAAAACGUCCAAGGACAAAAAACAUCCCUCUCCUCCUAUCAAAAUGCGGCAGCUAUUGCCUGCCAAUUUUCUAUUGAUCUCUUAAAUUUGUGCCAAUCAUUUUGUGAAGCAACAAACAAUAAUAGCAACAACAACAAUGAAGCCCAAUUACAAAUUAGAGUUGGUAUUGGAAGUGGGAGUUUGUCUGCCGGAAUUGUUGGUUCUAGACGUUGGCAUUACGAUGUUAUGGGAAUGGCUAUAGAUGCUGCACUUCAUUUGGAGGCAAAUUGUCCGGCGGGGGCAAUUUUGCUUUCUGAAGAUACUUGGAGGCAUUUGGCUGGGGGAAAAUUUGCUGCUGAACGAAUGGGUCAAGGAGCCUGGAAAUUAUUAACAACAACAGAAGCAUCUCAAAUUGUUCAACCAUUACUAUUUCCAACACCUUCAAGGAGAUUAUCCCUACUUACAUUACAACAAUUACUACUUAGACUUUUACAGCAGCAACAGCCCAAAGUAUCAGCAUUCUCUAAUGCCCUCAGUACACCUGUUUCUGCUACAUUCCCUGCUCCUACAACACCUUUUACAAAAAGAAGUGUUAAUAAUCCGUUUGCAUCAAAAGGCCGUCUAGUUUCCGUUGCUGGAAGCUCUAGACGUUCCUCUAAACUGCCUAGAAUAGGUUCAUGUCGCCAAUUAGACAGCGCUACUGGACCUCCCCUUUUGCCUGGAAUUAAUCCUUUAACACUUAAAUUUAUUGAUACCCGUUUGGAACGGACUUAUCAUGCCCAACCAGACAGAUGGUUAAUUCCUGGAUUGGCUCUUUGCAGUUUUUGCCAUUUCGUAACCAGAACAUCUCUUGGUUAUUGUGUCACCGUACUUUUAGUUCUUACUGCCCUAUGUACUUGUGGGCUUGCUAAUACUUUCUCCUGUCCUACUGACCCUUCGCCAUCAGAUAUAACUUCAACCCCCUGUCAGCCCCAUCAAUUAUCAGCUGUCUCUUUGGCCCUUUGGAUGUUACUCUGUUCAGCAUUUUUACGUCUUUCAUCUUCACUUCUUUUAUUUGUUCUUCUUUCUUCUAUUGCCCUUUUUUGUCCACAUAUUUUCUUAACUCAUUUCGACUUAUAUCCAAAUUUGUUGGCUCGUUUGGAUGUUUUAACUUUGCUUAUUGGCCUUUCCCUUUUAAUAUUUUUAUUGGCACGCCGAAAUGAAUUGUUGUUGAGGAUAGACUUUUUGGCCCUUCUAAAGGGUGUUGAAGAUGGAAAAAAGUUGGAAAGGACUGAAUUUCUUAAUGAUCAAAUACUUCGGAAUGGUAAAAUUUUAGAUGGAUACCUUCGGUACUUGUGCAGUUUACGCCCCGUAAGCUCCGCCCUCUUUUCUCCUCUUUUCCUUUCGCAAAAGAGAGACUCCCAUAAGGAGACCAACAAUGAAAAAUUGACCUGUCACUUUAUAAGAAAAAGAAGAGAAAAGGGGAGGGCCCUCCCUUCACAUAUUGCUUUCAAUUUUGGAUCACGAAAUGAACCCUUUUCUCAUCUGUGCCCUUCAGUUGGCAUUCUUUGUGCCAAAAUUGGUCGUCCUGGUGAUUGGGUUGGUGAAUUUGGAUUUGACAGGCUUAACAGACUUGUCUGUGAAAUUGAUCAAAGAUUGGGGCAAUUAAGUGAAAGUUCAAGAUUAGAGAAGGUCCGAACAUCUCAUUGUUUUUAUACAGCUGCUUGUGGAAUUUUGCCUGAACUUGCCAAGAAUGUCCACGAUGCCCCUUGCACUAUUGGUGAGCAACUUUCAAGUCUGGCAGAUCUCGCCCAAUUUAUUCAAGAUUUGGCAGAAUCUGAAGCUUUAGACAUUGCUAUUGGAAUGGAUUGCGGUUCAGCUCUUUCCGUUGUUGUUGGAGGUGAUAAGCCUCGAUAUGAAUUACUUGGUCAACCUAAUACACGUGCUAAGGUCCUCUCCUCUUUAAGCUAA